GCCAUGACAGUUUAAGUGGUUUGGUGGGGGUAUUGUUUAUUUAAUGUUUUGUUAACUGUGUAAUUUACGGCGUCAAAUUAAAGAUGUUUAGAAGUCACAAGAACAUUAAUUGUCAUAAUAAUUGCUUAUGUGGUUUUCUCAUGCAAAUACAAACUGGGCAUCAAAUAAAUAUAAAAUAAAGAAAACAGGUAGCGAAAUCGAGGCCUAUUGAUGGAGAAAACUCAUAACAUAAAAUACCGAAAGGUGUCAGGCCUUAACAAGAAGGGAAAAGACGUAAGUGAAAAGCAUGGCUAAUGAAUCGCCGGGCACAAAUUCAGAGCAUCAUGGCAAGUACAGAUCACCGUUGGUGUCAAGAUAUGCAAGUCCUGAAAUGGCAUAUAACUUCAGUGAUAUGAAAAAAUUUACCACUUGGAGAAAACUAUGGCUCUAUUUGGCCAAAGCAGAGCAGGUGUUGGGCCUUGAAAUCACUGAUGAACAAAUCAAGGAGAUGGAAAGCAAUAUUGAUAAUAUUGACUUUGAAAGAGCGGCUCAAGAAGAGAAGAAACGUCGUCAUGAUGUCAUGGCCCAUGUGCAUACAUUUGCAGCAUGCUGUCCUCUUGCUGCACCUAUUAUUCACCUUGGAGCUACCUCAGCAUAUGUAGGGGAUAACACAGAUCUUGUGGUUCUAAGAGAAGGCUUUGAUAUACUCUUACCAAAGGUAGCACGCUGCAUUCAAAGACUUGCAGAUUUUGCAAGGCAGCACAGAGAACUACCAUGUCUUGGUUUCACACAUAUGCAACCAGCCCAGCUCACCACUGUGGGCAAGAGGGCAUGUCUAUGGAUACAGGACCUGUUAAUGGACUUGCGCAACUUGCAAAGGGCCAGAGAUGACCUACGCUUUAGAGGGGUUAAAGGAACCACAGGCACUCAGGCCAGUUUUCUCUCUUUGUUUGAAGGAAAUCCUGAUAAGAUUGACCUAUUAGAUAAUCUGGUGACAGAAAUGGCUGGGUUUAAAAGAUCUUAUAUUAUAUGUGGUCAGACAUACACUAGAAAAGUUGACAUUGACACCCUCAGUCCAUUGGCCAGUCUUGGUGCCUCUAUCCAUAAGAUUUGUACAGAUAUUAGACUGUUGGCAAGUAUGAAAGAAGUGGAAGAGCCUUUUGAAAAAGACCAGAUAGGCUCCAGUGCUAUGCCUUACAAGCGUAACCCUAUGAGAAGUGAAAGAUGUUGUUCCUUGGCUAGACAUUUGAUGACUUUAAUCCAAAAUGUUCUCAUGACACACUCAGUGCAGUGGAUGGAGAGGACACUGGAUGACAGUGCAAAUAGACGCGUGACUUUAGCAGAGGCUUUUUUGACUGCUGACAUUGUACUUAGUACUUUGCAGAACAUAACAGAAGGCCUGGUGGUUUAUCCCAAGGUUAUUGAACGCCAUGUAAAACAAGAGCUUCCAUUUAUGGCCACAGAGAACAUAAUCAUGGCAAUGGUCAAGGCUGGACAGGACAGACAGGUUUGCCACGAACAAAUCAGAGUGCUGUCACAAGAAGCUGGCGCUGUUGUAAAGGAGCAGGGAGGAGAUAAUGAUCUCAUGGAAAGAAUCCGAGCCUCAGUUUAUUUUGCUCCCAUCCAUGAUCAGUUGGACAGUUUACUAGAUCCAAGCACAUUCACUGGAAGAGCACCAACUCAGGUAUUAAGGUUCCUGGAGGAGGAGGUAGCACCAGCCCUUAAGCCUUAUGGCAGUGAACUUGGGGGAACAGUAGAACUCAACCUUUGACAAAAGUUUUCAGCUUUAUGGGUCUUAGAAUUCCACUACAAUAUUAUUGAAUUUUGUAUUAAAUUCUUUUAUCCUAGAAUACAUCAAAUUGAAAAUCAGACUAACUUUAAUGUGUCAUUAAACAAUAAAAGACAAUAUCAAGAAAUAUGUUAACUAUUGGAUAUUUGAAUAAAUAUUGAUUGUGAAGUAUCUUUUAGAAAAUACUGCUAAAUUUUCCUCUGGGAAACACCACUAUUUAGUUUGCUAUAUUAGUAACUUUUAUCAUUUGUGUGUAAUCUCAAGCAGUGAAUAAAUAAGAAAAAUAAAAAAAAUGGGUUUUUGUUUUCAAACUGAAUAUAUUUAUUUACCAUAAGAAUAGAAGUCUGAUUGCUUCAUUAUGAUGGUAUAAAUUGGACUUCAGUUGACAAAAAUCUGAUUGAAAAUAAUGUUUAGGCAGAAUGG